GCCUGAGAUCAGAGUAUUUCUUGCAGCACAGCCACAGCAGAUGGUGUUACAGUUGCUGCUGCCUCCAGCGCUGGAACUUUUCCAUCUGAGAUACCGGUGGAACUUUCUAAUCACUCCAGCCUGUCAGUGCCACUCAUACUUCUGCCCAUCAGCAGGCACACUAAGGGUGCAGCUUUGGAACCCUGUGUAAAUAAUUAGGGUGCCAAUAAACAUGGCAGCAAAACUGACAAGCAGAGCCCUCCUGCAUCACAUACUUAGUAAGCAUCAUGCGCCCUCCAGCAUCUGCCCCUGGAGAAGACUUGAGGCCAGGUAUUGCUUCUCUGUCCCAAAGCAGAAGAUUCAGCAGUCGCAGCUGCAAGUUGCAAGCCUUCCGUGGGAUGUCCAGUCCUACAUGCCAGAAGCAGCUGCUUUAUCCAGCCUGCACUCUUACCAGGAGCUGCUGCAGUUCUCAGUGCAAGACCCGGAGACAUUUUGGGGUGUGCUUGCCAGGGAGAGGCUGACAUGGGUGAAACCUUACCAGACUGUUAAAGACUGUGACUUCACACAAGGACGGGUUAGGUGGUUUCUUGGCGGGCAGCUGAAUGUAUCGGUGAAUUGCCUUGACAAACAUGUGCACCAAUGUCCAGAAAGAACUGCCUUAAUCUGGGAGCGGGAUGAACCAGGGACACAUGUGAAUAUCACUUACAGAGAGCUCCUAAAUACAACAUGCCGCAUUGCCAACACACUCAAGAAAUAUGGAAUCCAGCGAGGAGACCGAGUAGCUAUAUAUAUGCCUGUUUCCCCCCUUGCUGUGGCUGCCAUGUUAGCCUGUACCCGAAUUGGUGCUGUACAUACUGUUGUCUUUGCUGGGUUCAGUGCUGAAUCUUUAGCAGGAAGAAUCAAUGACGCUUGCUGCAAAGCUGUUAUCACAUUUAACCAAGGGCUGAGGGGUGGAAGAACAACAGAACUGAAGAAGACUGUAGAUGAAGCUGUCAAGAAUUGCCCUUCAAUAAAAAACGUCUUUGUAGCACAGAGGACAGAAAAUGAAGUCCCCAUGGGUAAAAUUGACAUACCACUUGAAGAAGAGAUGGCCAAGGCAGAUGCUACAUGUCCUCCUGAAGCUAUGAACAGUGAAGACAUGCUUUUUCUGUUGUACACAUCUGGCAGCACUGGAAAGCCUAAGGGCAUUGUGCACACACAGGCAGGGUAUCUGCUCUACGCUGCUUUAACACAUAAGUAUGUGUUUGAUUAUAAACAAGGAGAUGUAUUUGGUUGUGUGGCAGACAUUGGCUGGAUUACAGGGCAUAGCUAUGUUGUAUAUGGUCCUCUCUGCAAUGGGGCCACAACUGUACUAUUUGAGAGUACCCCAACAUAUCCAAAUCCAGGUCGAUACUGGGAGACUAUUGAGCGAUUAAGGAUUAAUCAGUUUUAUGGAGCGCCAACUGCAAUCCGCCUGUUGCUGAAGUAUGGGGAUGAAUGGGUGAAGAAAUACGACAGGUCUUCUUUAAAAACUUUAGGAUCAGUGGGUGAACCAAUAAACCAUGAGGCUUGGGAAUGGUUCCAUGACGUGGUGGGGGAGAAGAGAUGCACACUGGUGGAUACCUGGUGGCAAACAGAAACUGGUGGAAUCUGCAUUUCUCCCCGCCCAUCUGAGCAAGAUGCUGAAGUUAUACCAGCCAUGGCUAUGAGACCCUUCUUUGGGAUUCAACCUGCACUUCUAAAUGAGAGUGGAAAAGUUAUAGAAGGGGGUGAUGUGUCUGGGGCCUUGUGUAUUGCACAGCCAUGGCCUGGAAUGGCCAGAACCAUUUAUGGAGAUCAUCAAAGAUUUGUUGAUGCUUACUUCAAAGCAUAUCCAGGCCAUUAUUUCACUGGAGAUGGAGCCUACAGGUCAAAUGACGGUUAUUACCAAAUAACAGGUCGAAUGGACGAUGUCAUAAAUAUUAGUGGACAUCGCCUGGGCACAGCAGAAAUUGAAGAUGCCAUGGAUGAACAUCCAGAUGUGCCAGAAACUGCUGUAAUAGGGUAUCCACAUGAAAUUAAAGGAGAAGCUGCAUUCGCAUUUGUGGUAUUAAAGGAAGAUCUCAAAAUAGCAGAGGAAGCUAUUAAAAAAGAGCUCCAAAUUAUUGUGGCCACGAAAAUAGCAAAAUAUGCUGUUCCUGACCAUAUUCUGAUGGUUAAACGUCUCCCUAAAACCCGCUCUGGAAAAAUCAUGAGACGAGUGCUGAGAAAAAUCGCCACUGGUGAAACAGAGGAGCUGGGGGACAUAACCACACUGGAGGAUCCUGGUGUCAUCCAGGAAAUACUGGAGGCCUAUACAAAAUACAAGGAAGCAAAGGUUGCACAAUAAAGUGGGCAUGUCCUUUAUAGCAAGCCACAAGUGAAGGAGUAGGAAGUCUUUAGGUCAUCAGGGGUUCUCAUCGCCAUUUUUCCAUUUGGAAAAGCCUUUAUACCAACAUUACAGGCUGCAUUUUGUAAUGUUUGUUUUGUUAACUCAUUUGAGGGGCUUGUAAUAUGUUACACUAAAGUAAUACUCAUGAGCUGGCAACACAUGGGCCAACAACCCCCCCUUCCCCUUCAUUUGAUAUUAUUGAAUAUAGGUCCAUAGGGCCCCAAACAAAACCUUUGAACUGUCAUAAUUACACCAGAGUUCUUUUGUUUUAAAAGUCUGUGUGCCUACACUUACACCACAUACAGUAACUGGUGAAUUUCUCCUGGUCAGCAACAACUGCAACAGGCCAACUUCACAUCCGAUAUACAGACCAGGGUAAUAUGUUUUGGGCAAAUCACAUGCAGAUUUUAAUUUAUGGUAAUGUAUUUAAUGUACUGUAACUCAGGAAGGAGUCCCAGUAGCACUAAAAUAUGGGUAUGAUUUGCAAAAGAUCAUUUGUUGCUCUGGUGCAUAAAUCUGAUGAAAGACAAUUUAUUUAACUUAAAUGUGUUUGGCUAGUUAUAUCUACCAGAUUGUAUAUGCAGCUAUCUGCCAACUUUCUAUACCAGGGGUGCCCAGACUUUGUCACCCUGUCAUUUAUUCUUGCCACCUGGCUUCUGUCAUUAAAUCUACCUUAACAAAAAUAUAUAUAAUCCAGUACCAAAUUCAAAUUUAAUACCCACAAAUAUGUCCCAACAUAGUUUUAACUUCCCUUCUUCAUGGCCCACUUUGUAGUUUGCACACAGAAACAUAUAUAAAGUGGGAACAAAUGUAUACAGUUGCCAGGCGGGGACAAUUUUCUAUGCCGGGAUGAAACUACAAGGACGUAUGGCACUUAAAAGCUCUGAUAUGUUUGGGUAAAAAAAGAAGUGGCGGGAUGGUAUACUGCUGUAUCCCACCUCACAGACUACUUUCAAGAAACUUUUAAGUGAUCUGCCUCUUGGGCACCCCUGAUCUAUAUGAUUCUAGCAUGCUUCCUGUACUGGGGGCCUAGAGCCUUUGCUCAUGCAGAUUCUGCAUGAGCAAAGUGCCCCCAACCCCCCUCCCGCCAGUGCAGUGAUUUGCACCAGCAGGAACUGCCAGGAACCAGAAUGGCUGCAACCUGUAAAGGGCUCAGUAACUUGUAUGCAGGAAACGGGGGGGGGGGGGGGGAAUAGGAUGCAGAGGGGCAGAUGACGACUGGAGACCGGAGAGUAUGAGGGACACAGUGAGAGUGGGGAGGGUGGGUGUUAAAGUGAGGACAGAUCGAUUGAAGGGAGGAGUAUGAGGGACAGACAGAGAGUGGGAACAGAUAGCUUGUGGGUGGGAUUAUGAGGGGCAAAAAAAGAUUGGAGGUGCUCAAAAUUUUUGCUGGGAAGCCCAUACAAAUCAUGCAGUUGGCCUAUUACACAGUUGUAUUUUCCAAUAAAUGGCCUGUGUUUCACCAGCCCUAGUAAAUGAAUUAUUUGAAAGCCAGGGUACCAAUGAUAAUGAAUACUGGACAUAAAUGCACUUUAGACACUCGUUCAGAAACAGGCAGUGAUUUUUGGGCUGAUGAUAAACUACAUCUCAGGCUUAAAGUUUUGGUGUUCGUAGUAUAACAACAGCCUGACAUUUGUGACUGUCCCAGUAGCAUUUUCAUGUUAUUCACAGCAGAAACAGAGUGAUUUGAAUAUCAUACAAUGGAAAUAGUACAAACAAAAUCAAAACAUUAGUAUAUAAACACAGGUAUAAUGAAAAUGGUUAGCGCCAAUAAUUCUCUGAUUUCUCUCUGUUCACGGGGCAGGUAUAUUUGUUUCUCUGUAGAGUUAAUCAAAACUAGUUCCCAGCUGUAAAUAUCUGCGGGUAAAUUAUACAAAGGUGGCUUGAGUAUUUGUGCUGCUAGGCCAAGCUUAGCUCACAGAAUGGGCCAGUUAUCAACAUGUUUCUUUUAAUUUACGAAACAUUCACAUUAGCCAGUAGAGAGAGUACUUAGGUGGAGCAUGGGUUCCACCCAGGCCAGACUGACAAUCUGCGGAUUCUGGCAAAUGCCAGAGGGGCUGCUGUAAGAUGCCAUAGACAAUCACUAUUUAGUGAACUGAUUGGGGGCUGUUUGGGCCUCAGUGGAUUUGAAAUGCCAGGGCCUAUUUGUAUCCCAGUCUGGACCUUCCUCCACCUAUUAGAACCAAGUAUAUUGCAGCUAAAGUGGCAAGCAUUAUGGCAACUCCCAUUACAAGUCGGAAAACAGCUUUCUCUUAAAAGGGGUAUCUACUGCACUAAUCAUAUCAGUAUAGCCUGUGUGCUUAUGUUAGUUACUUUUGUAAAAUGAAUUUGAGUUUUGUGCAAAUAUCACUGCCCCUUUAAAAAGAAAAAAGGUGGACUAAUGAAAAGCUAGCAAGUCCGCAGGACACUGUCAAACUUACUUUUUUGAAGAAAAUAAAAAAAAAGGUGGUAUAAGUAUUUACUUGUUGUUUUCUUUUCCUAAUUUGCAACUCUCACUGCAUAUAAUCCAGAAUUAUAAUUCAGCCUUAUAACAGUAAUGAUCCAGGCCUUCAAAAUUUUACGCAGCAGAUCCUGCUUGGCUUAUUCUGUUUGCCCAUCUUUAGAGUGUCAGUGGCACUGCACAUGCUCAGUAUGCCAUGGGCUGCUGUUGGCAAGUUAAGUAUAAGGCUUGUCGGAGAUCAUUGACACAUUAGCAGAGUCAGGUUCCAUCUAUCAUAGGAUCUGGUGCUGCUAAGCUGUCUAUUCAGUCUAUCAGUUGUGAUGCAGAAUGCUCUGGUUUCUUUGGUGCCAUGUAAUGUGAAUUUGAAUACACUACUAAUCAGCCUUAUAUCAUGACAUUUAUAUUCUACAUAUACAGUAUAUUGUGAGUGGGUCCCUAAGCUCAGUAGCUGACAGCAGCAUAGAGCAUGUGAUGUAAAUCAGCAGAAGAGAAGACACGGAGCUUUUGUGGGCAUCUUGGGUGGCACAGAUCUCAACAACAAAAGGACCAUGGCGGUAAAGAAGUCCAAAACAUUUAGUUUUCAUAGCCUAAGGGUUUGACAGUCUUAGGGUGUCCUACUUUUAAUUGUGACACAAAGACACCCCACCCAUCGUUCCCCCCAGAGUGACACACAGCCCAAACCCUCGGCCGAGAGAUUGCCUCGCUUAUCACCAACUGUUACUUGUUUCAUUAAGAUCAUGUUACAGUUUAGAAUCAUUCCAUGAUUCUUGUUCAAUGAAGGUCUCUAAAAAUCUAAUCUUGUGUGUAUAUAUUUAUAUAUAUUGCAAAAAGUAAAACUGAUACAUUUUAAAAUAACCUAUAAAUUAAAUUGUACAGAGCAAACACAAAAUAUCGUGCAAUUCUUCUGUGAUUAAAGAUUUGUUUACUUAA